CGGGGCGCUUCUCCGGGUCAGCAGUGACGCGCCGGCCGAGGCGGAAGCGAGCGGUCCCGGCGGUCGGGUUCAAGGUCGCGCUUGACCGCCGCCGGCGCGACGAAACCGCUCGCCGCCGCAGCGAGGCGCGCUCCUCGCCUCCAGUCGCUUCCUCGCCGACAAUGACUUCGCGGCUCCUCCUCAUUCUGAGCUCUAUGUUCAUCCUGGAUUUUGCAUUGCCUUCAGACGAACCAUUCUUGUCCACCAGAAGCUUGGACGAUGUUUCGGUCGACUGGUUGUCCCAAGGGACCUACGACCACCUGGAUGCCGAUGCGUUCGGUACAAGUAACUCCACUGACACGGAAGGCUUCGGGGAAAGCGUGUACGUCACUGGCUCUGGCUUCAUGGCGGGUGGCAAGCCAGCGCUCAGGAAAGAAGUGUUCAUCUACAGGCCCAUGAUGGAGGCGAUGCGUAGACCUGGGAUGUCGGAGUUCCUGGGUCAGGUGUUGCCGAUACUGCGCAGCAUGUCACCGCCACAAAGGCUGGUGUUGGCGGCGCUGCUGUCGGCCAAUGUGAUGACGUCCUCGGCCUCACUGUCUCUGGACCAGGUGGUCGCCAUGUUCACCACCGGCCACGACCAGCACAAGGCCAGCUCGGAUGUGUCGUCGGACCUGCUUCUCCCAAUCAGCGUCGAUAUUGCAAACACUUUCCACAGAGCUUCCAGGGAUGAAAUACAAGAGCAAAAAGAGAUGCAAAAAGAAAAACACGUGCCAUUAGCAUCUAAUAGUCGCCUAGAAAAGGAUACUUUCGCGCAUCAUCGUGUGGAAAAUUCGCCAGCAAGCAUCAAGCAAAGUCAACAUAUACUCACUGGCUAGACAUGUGUUGACCACUAGACGUCUUUGUAAGGCUUAAUGGAAGUACCAACAAACAACUGUUGCACGUAUGGUGCGUGCAAGAAAUCUGAAGAGUUAUAUUGGCUUAGAUGAUAUACAAUGAAGAAAGACAAUGGAAAUUAUAUCACAUUGUCAAUUGUUAUUUAUUUUAAAUCUAUUUUAUUUUCGCAUGUUAUAUAGUAUGUAAGUUAUUUAAGCAAUACAUAUAAUGCACCAAAA